AUGGGCAACUUGAAAGAUCCGGCUGCCAAACCCGCGCCUGAGGGCCACCGAUGGAUUCUCUUCGUCUCGGGCCCUACGGCAUCAGGCAAGACGUCAGUCGCCAAAUUCAUAGCAAAUGAGCUCAACCUUAAGUUUGUCGAAGGUGAUGAUUUCCACCCAAAAAUAAACAUCGAGAAAAUGAGCCACGGCCAACCUCUCACCGACGAAGACCGCUACGGCUGGCUGCAAGCCCUCCACGAACACGCGACACACCACCCCAUCGGCCCCGGCACCGAGCACCUCGUUGUGACAUGUUCAGCACUAAAGCGAGAGUACCGCGACAUUCUCCGCGAGGGCACCGAGAAUGCGGGGGAUCUGCGCGUGCACUUCCUGCACCUCGAUGCGCCGGAGGAUGUCCUGAAGGAGCGAGCCGCGGCGAGAAAGGGUCAUUUUGCGGGUGCUGCGCUGGUGCAUAGUCAGUUUGAGGUGCUGGAGAGGCCGCAGGAGGAUGAGAGGGAUGUUUUGACGGUUAGUGUUGACCAGAACGUCGAGGAUGUGCAGAAGGAGGCGUUGAGGAGGGUGAGGGAGUUGUUGGAGGAUGACCCUUGUGGGGGACAGUAA